CAUCAUCCAUCAUCUAGACUAUGCCAUCCAUCCCUCCAAAUCUAUCCACUUUGUUUCGCGCAUCAAUGUGGCCAAUCCGGUUUUUGUCGUCAAAGGACAUUGUCGGUGAUGUGACUCUGUUUUUCAUUGGUAACGCUUACGCGUCCUCCUCAGCUUGGCUUCACCUGGAUUACUUCCCGUGGUAUCGUCUUUGAUCUUCUUCCCGACCAUUUUAUUUUUGUUGUUUGUAGUUUGUAGUAUGUGUAUUUGUAUUUCAGUUAUAGUCUUCUUGCAGUCUUUUC